UAGCCGGAAGUAGCAACGUUAGCCUGACUGGCUAAUCUUGCUACACCCCGAUUAAAAAACAACAAAAAAAACAUCUUAAUGUUUGUGUAAGAACAGGUGUGUGUUGUGUAUUUAAUAUUCUAGUCUUCGCGAUGACGUCACAACUACAUGCUUGCAGUAGCGUAUUUAAGGCUUAAUAAACAAAGUGGAUGAGUGGUUGAUCGACCGUUAGCAACCAUGUAGCUUAAGCAGCUAACAGCAGAAACUUAAUCAGUACUUCUGACCUUGACGCUUUUAAAAGUUUGUGCUUGGAGGCUACAGGACACGUCAGUCUGUACGUCUGAGGCCACCUCUUCUGACCUUGUUGUCCAGCUGGGGACCGAGAGACUGGAGACAGUGACAGAGUGGACACAUAACUACCGAUCAAGAACAUAUGAAGGUUGAAGACAAGGACACUGGAAAGGAGAAGUGAAGAGGAGUGAGGAUGUCUGAGGUGAUGAGAUUGUGUUGGAUAUAGAAUAAAGCCAGAUGUUCACAUGAUGGAAGCUAAAGAAGAGGUUCCCAGUGACUGGAGCAAUAGUUUGAACCAGCAGAACUCAAACACCCCCCACAUAAAGGAGGAAGAGGAGGAACUAAGGAUCUGUCUGAAGGAAGAGCAGCUUACUGUGAAAAGUGAAGAUGAAGAGAAACAAGUCAAUGAGCAGAUCAAAACUGAAGAAGAAAGUAAGACAGAUGGUGCAACCAGCAGUACAGCAGAGAAGAGAAAAUCAGACCUUGAUGGAGAGCACUGUGGAGGACCAGAACCAGACAGGAACCCAAAUCCAGCAUGCUUUUCUCAACAAAGUGAGAUGACAAUUCACAAAACGGGCCAAAGUUCUCAAUUGUGCUCUAAACCUGCUGCUCAGAGUGGAGUUCAAUCAGGAGAAAAGCCCUUUAGUUGCAGUAUUUGCGGCAAAAGUUUCAAAAAUAAGAAAUGCGUUAGACUGCACAUGAUGGUCCAUGUACAAUGCAAGAACCAUAGAUGUGACCUUUGUGGAAAAUGUUUUAAAAAAAACAGUAGCCUUCAGGAACACAUUAGAGUCCACACUGGAGAGAAACCAUUUGCCUGUGAUGACUGUGGUAGAAGGUUCCACGCAAAAACAAUUCUUAGAGAUCACCUAAAGGUUCAUUCGGGAGAAAAACCUUUUUCCUGUGACAUCUGCGGUGCAAGAUUUAAAAGAAAUGUCUGCCUUACGAAGCACUCGAAGAUCCACGCUGCAGAGAGACCGUUUGUCUGUGGCCUUUGCAGUAAAGAGUUUGUACACGAAAAUAAUUUCACGAGACACAUGCGCGUUCACACAGGAGAGAAACCGUUCAUUUGUGGCUUUUGUAGUAAAGGAUUUCCGCUACAAACUCGUCUUAACAGUCACAUGCGCGUUCACACAGGAGAGAGACCCUACAGUUGCAGCGUAUGCAGUAGAGCAUUUUCAUUUCAAGAGACCCUAAAGCGACACAUGUCUGUCCAUACCGGAGAGAAACCAUACACCUGCAGUGUUUGCAGUAGAAGUUUUUCACAUAGUGAUACUCUAAAAACCCACAUGCGUGUUCACACUGGUGAGAAGCCAUUUGUUUGUAGUGUUUGUAGUAGGGGAUUUUCACAACAGAGAUACCUUAAUGGACACAUGAGUGUUCACUCGAUAUAGAGGCUGUUAAAUUUCAGUGUUUGUAGUUGAGGAUUUUCACGACAAGCAGGUCUAAGAAAUUGAUAAUUGUAUUUUAAGGUCUUGGAAAGAGACACAGAUCAAGCAGAUCUCCACUCAACAGAGACGUUUCUACCAGCAGAUUUUACUAAAAGCUCCUUCAGCUUUUUUUAUUUUUAUUUCCAGUUGGAAAGAGAGGAAUGAAGUUAUAAUUCCAACUAGGAAAGUUGGAGCUCGCCAGGCAACUCCAUGUUUUCCAUCAGUCAUACGCAUAUGUGUAGAAUCUAGUGAAAGUUGUUAUAAUAGACUAUCACUUAACAAUGUGUCUCAUUUAAUCGGCGGUAUUCGCAGAUCUGCAAAAUAUUUACCUAACAUGUUUUUGUCUGUUUCAGUGUAUUAAAAUAUGGAGAGAGAUAUAUUCUAACCUCCUUGUCCUUUUAAUCGGCACCAAUACAAAUGGCAAAUCUCAGUUUUCCAGCUUUUUUUUCUUUUUUUCCUGAGUAUAUCUUAGCUUUAUUUGCUUCUUAUCUGACUGCAGUUGUGUUGGUGUUUUUGCACACAUUAGAAAUGUUAGUGCUGUGAUUCUGUAGUGCAACAGUAUCAGAAGGAAAUGUUUGCGAUGUACACAUUUCCAAGAAGAACAGUCCUACGUUGUUGCAACUUUUACAUAUUUUAGAUAUCUUCCCAAUGAGGCAAAGAGCUGCAGUUGUAAAAGUAACUUUUUGUUAAGGUUACUUAACAGGCCUCCCGACUUGUGGCAAAAAUAUUAAUUAACUCAAAACGGGGCACGCGAGAACACAGCUGCACUCAUCUGUGGUGGCACUUAAAUGAUCUUAGGGGCAACCUGGUGAUGUAAAUAUCUAAUAGAAAACAUUAUAUGAUGUACAUCUAAAAAAUAUAUAUGUUGUAGUUAACUCUAAGAAGGAUUUGUGCAAUAUUUUACAUUUCCACCAGGCAAAAAGCAUUUGAUCUUUGUUGUUUCAAAGCAAAGUAGGUAAGAUUAUCUGCAAUUGUUAUGCUGCCUAAUAAUUCCUCAAAAACCCUAAACUCCUUUUUUUUUUUUUAAAGAUAAACCCAAACCGUACAAAACGGUGUGAGAGAAAGAUCAGGAUUACAAAACUGAUUAAACCUACUGACGGACACUAUUUUUUCCAAUUCUGUAUAACAGUCUACUCCCAGCAGACCCAGUUAAGUGCUUUAUGUUCUUGUUUAUGGUAUUUUUUUUCUAUAUUCCUGUAAACUGUAUAUUUUUGCACAGUUUCAAUUAUCUUAAUACACUCAUGCAUUUUGUAGAGCCAGCACUUUUCCCCCCCCACAAAUAUGUACUUUUUCUUUUUAACACUAAUAUAUAUUCUCAACUUUUAAAUUAUUUCUGUGUUAAUUCCUAUGCACCUCUGUGUGAUCCUCUGUGAAUUUCAACAUUAAUAAAUGGUCAUUUUAUUGUU